AUGUCAGAAGCCGACCAAUUUGACAGUGCGCUCGACCUCCUCCGCCGCCUCGACCCUAAGCAUACCUCCGAACACCUCAACUCCGUCAUCUCACUUGUCCCCACCCUAACAGAAGACCUCCUCUCUUCCGUCGACCAACCUCUCACCAUAGCCCGCUGCCGCAAGACGGGGAGAGACUAUCUACUCUGUGACUACAAUCGCGACGGCGACAGCUACCGGUCUCCCUGGUCCGGCGAGUUCGAGACCCCGCUAGGAGGCAGCGGGGCCGGCGGUGUCGAUGAUCAAGGCAACAAUGAAGGCGCUGGGGAAGGCGCUGUACCUAGUGAGAGAGUAAGGAAGAUGGAGGUUAGAGCGAACGAGGCGUUUGAUGUUUAUAGGGAGCUGUACUAUGAGGGUGGUGUGAGCAGCGUUUAUUUCUGGAACUUGGAUGAUGGGUUUGCGGGCGUUGUGCUUUUGAAGAAAGUUGCUACGCCGGCUGGGAAAAGUCAGGGGACUUGGGAUUCGAUUCACGUGUUUGAGGCUGUUGAUCGGGCUCGCACGGCACAUUACAAGCUUACCAGUACUGUCAUUCUGCAUCUCUCUACGGGGAACGAUGCGUUGGGAGAGAUGGACUUGAGUGGAAACAUGACUCGCCAAAUCGAGAGUGACCUGCCAGUUGACGAUGACACUUCUCAUAUUGCGAAUAUCGGCAAGCUGGUCGAGGAUAUGGAGCUCAAGAUGAGGAACUUGUUGCAGGAGGUGUACUUUGGGAAGGCGAAGGAUGUGGUUGGUGAUUUGAGGAGUAUUGCACCGUUGACGGAGGCCAAUAGAGAUAAAGCGACACAUCAAGAGAUGAUCAACUCGAUGAAGCGGUAA